UCGGUUCAGUGGCGACGAGGGAGCAAUCUUGGUGGAGAGAGUUAUGGACCAUAGGAAGGAGAAGCGAGUUAGGUCAGUGGGAUUUGACGAGUUAGUCGAAGACGUGCGUAAAGUUUGGAAGAAACACAAGGAUAAUGUGAGCAGAGGGUCGUCCAAAUUUGACCGAAUCGGAAGAGGAAGAAGUCGAAAACGUGAUGGCGGUGAGGUUUUGAAGCGACUUACUCAAAGAGACAUGUCUACGCCUAAGAAAGGCAUUAAGUCUUGUGGAACCAGGAAGUACAGGAAGUAUGGGGGUUUGUGGUGUCAUCAUUGUAAGAACGUAGCGAGUGAGAUUCAUAUUAUCUUUUGUUCAAAAUGUAGCAAGAAGUAUUGCAAUAGGUGCAUCAAGAGACAUUAUCCAGAAAGAACGGAUGAGGAGAUUAGAGCUGCCUGUCCAUUCUGUAUGAAGUAUUGCAAUUGCAAACCUUGUUUGCGGGUGCCUUUGGUGGUGAAGCCUCCAAGUGAAAGAGACGCGGAAGUCAAGUUCAAGCAGCUGCAAUACCUAUUAGUAAAGCUUCUUCCAGUUCUUAAGGAUAUAUACGCAGAGCAGAACCGUGAGCUGGAGAUUGAAACAACAGUUAAAGGAAUAUCUGUGACGGAAUCUGAUAUUACUAGGUGCAAACUUUACCCAAGUGACCGCAUAUUCUGUGAUCUCUGCCGCACGUCCAUUGCCAAUUUUCACAGAAGCUGUCCGAACCCAGACUGUUCAUGCGAUGUAUGUCUUUCUUGCUGCAAGGAACUAAGAGAGCGCUUCCACGAUCCAGAGAGAGAUGGAAAGAAAAUUGCACAAGGGACGGGAUAUGAAUGGGGAACUCAAGCAGGUCAAGGAAAAGAUUCGAAAUCCUAUGUUUCUUUGAAUUUCUCUAACUGGAAGCAUAACUCAGACAGUAGCAUUCCAUGCCCUCCAAGAGAGUAUGGUGGUUGUGGUGCUUCAACACUGGAGUUGACUCGCUUAUGCAAAACUGAUAGGGUUAAAAAAUUGAUAACAGUUGCAGAGGAAGUUACUCUGCAGUUUAGGCCACCAGAUGUGAGUAUUUCUCAUGAAUGCUCCUCAUGCACUAUCACUGCUGAUUCUAUUAGAAGGCAGGCGGCGUCUAGGAAGAAUGCUCUUGAUAACUUCUUAUACUCACCAAAUGCUGUUGAUCUCGCUGAAGAGGAUAUAGCUCAUUUUCAGUCGCAUUGGAUGAGGGGAGAACCUGUGAUAGUCAGAAAUGUUCUCGAGAAGACAUCUGGAUUGAGUUGGGAACCAAUGGUUAUGUGGAGGGCUUGUAGGGACAUGAAUUCAAAGGUUGACUGUAAAGAAGAGACGAAAAGAGUGAAAGCUCUGGAUUGCUUGGACUGGUCUGAGGUUGAAACUGAUAUUCAUCAGUUCUUUAAAGGCUACUUAAAAGGCCGCAUGCAUCCGAAUGGUUGGCCACAAAUGUUGAAAUUGAAGGAUUGGCCUCCCUCAACUCUAUUUGAAAAGCGCCUUCCAAGGCAUAAUGCUGAGUUUAUUGCUGCAUUGCCUUUCUUUGAUUACACUGAUCCUAAGUAUGGUAUCCUAAAUCUCGCAACAAGACUUCCAGAAAUAUCCUGGAAGCCAUAUCUUGGACCCAAGGCAGACAUUGCAUACGGUUUCCAUGAAGAGCUUGAUGGAGGAGAUUCUGUGACAAAGCUACAUUGUGAUAUAUCUGACACGGUCAAUGUGCUGACACAUACAACUAAAGUUGAAAUACCUCCCCAUAGACACCAAAACAGAGAAGCACUACUGAGAAGAUAUAAACGAUCUGGUGAUCAAGGGACAGGGGCUAGUGAUCUUGGAAACAAGUCACUGAAAGAAAUAAAUGAAGACAAACAGGGUUUAAAGGACAAGGCAGCUGAUGGAGAGCAAUCAAAUAACAGUUCAAGACUUUUGGGCUCACACGAAGUUGAUAAAAUAUCUGUUUCGAAUGGUGAUUGUACUACCAACGAAAGAGCUGAUACUAUGGAAGGGUCUUCUAGUUUAUAUUCUUGCACUAGUGCUAUGGAUUCAGGUCAUGAUCCACAGGCGCAUGUGGCUUUAAUUCCUCCGAAGAAUGUGUCACUGACAAACGAAUCAAUCGCUGACAAGAAUCAUAAUGACAUUGACAUAUCUCCAUCAUACCAAAGAGAAGAUGAUCACUCCGUGGAAAAUGGACUAAUAAUGCCAACACUUCCUUCCAUUGCCGACGAGAAUCAGUAUGGCAUCUGUUUGAAGAGAGAGAGAUUAUCUCCAAACUACCAAAGAGAAGAUGAUUCCUCUGUGGAGAGUACUGGACUAAUGAUGCCAACGCUUCCUUCAACUCCUCCGUGGGAGUAUACAGAGGAGAAUCUCCCACAACCUGAUUUGUGUACAAGUGAAAUACCUAUUAUACAAGAGAGGUUAAAGUAUACAGAGGAGAAUCUCCCACAACCUGAUUUGUGUACAAGUGAAAUACCUAUUAUACAAGAGAGGUUAAAGUAUGGGCAUGGUGGUGCUGUUUGGGAUAUCUUUCGGAGAGAGGAUGUUCCAAAACUUAUUCAGUAUCUAAAAAGGCACACGCAUGAGUUUCGUCACUUCAAUAACCAACCUGUGAAUACUGUAGAUCACCCAAUUCAUGACCAGACUAUGUUCUUGAGCGAAAGUCAGAAGAAACAGCUGAAGGAGGAAUACGAUAUAGAGCCAUGGACCUUUGAGCAACACCUCGGCGAAGCUGUUUUCAUACCUGCAGGUUGUCCUUACCAAGUGAGGAAUAGACAGGCAAGAAAUUGCAUAACUUUUUGUUCAUCCGCAUCCGCAUCAUGCACUUUGUAA